CAAGUCAAGAAACGGCAGCAGCAGCAGCAACGACAACAACAACAACUGUAUAAACAGUUGGCAAGGCAAACGGAAGACGAAGCCAGCGAAAAAAAAAGAAAUGGAAACGUAAAGACAAAUUCAAUUUUUGCCGAUACUGCCAAAACUCUGUUAACUGAAUCACACUUACCUUGCCUUACCACUCUAUCCUUUACCCCCUGCCCUUUCUUACGCACACACACAUCAACACGCAGAUAACGGACAAACAAAUUACCACAAACCAUAUGGAUCGUCGUUUCCACCUUCCCUCCAAUUGUCGUAGUUCCCAUAAAGAUUCUAAGAUAACAAAAUAAAGUAAGGAAGAAGAGCGAACAGACCAGAGAGACAGCAAGAGAGUGAAAGAGCAAGAGAGAGUGGAUCGAUCGGGAAAAAAAGUGAGGUGAGAAGAUAAUGGUAGCUGCAAAAUAUGAACGUCUCAGCACUGGGAGCGGCGGUGAAGGCGGUGGCAUUGGUGCCGGCAGCGGUGGCGGCGGAGGAGGUGGCGGCGGUGGUGGUGGAAGCACCAUUGGUAUCGGUAGCGGUGGCGAAGACGAUGAUUGUGAGGAAGUCGAACUUAGUCUAGAUCAAAAACUGGCCAACUUCAAGUACAUCAAUACGCGGAGCAACAGCAGUGUUGACGGUAUCUCAAUUGGUGGACCAGCAUCUAGUAUUGCCACGUCAUUAGGCAAGGGGAAUUCCAAUUCAAUGAUGAUGACACGCCAUGCCGAUGCACGUUUCAUGCAAAUGGCCAUUGGUACAUUGGCCACAAUUUUGCUCUAUUUGACGUUAUCAAUCACGUUGACAUUCUAUCAAACUGAUAUCAAUCGUGAGAUGCCAUUCCCAUUGACCAUAGUAACGUAUCACUUGGUAUUGAAAUUCAUGUUGGCUGCCCUCAUCCGGCAUAUCUAUCAGAUGCGUGUGGGCAAGACUCGUGUGCAAUUGGAUUGGCGUGUGGCCAUACGUAAAAUGGCACCAACUGGUGUGGCCAGUGGUAUUGAUAUUGGUUUCUCCAAUUGGGGACUAGCCUUGGUGCCCAUAUCCCUCUACACCAUGACCAAAUCAUCAACUAUUGUCUUUAUACUGCUAUUUGCCAUCAUGUUGGGUCUGGAGCGUAAGAGCUGGUCUUUGGUCUUCAUAGUGGGCCUCAUUGGCACAGGUCUCUUUAUGUUCACCUAUAAAUCGACACAGUUUAAUGCCCUGGGCUUCUUUUUCAUCUUAUUUGCCUCACUUAGUAGUGGUCUACGUUGGAGUUUUGCCCAAUUUAUAAUGCAAAAAUCAAAAUUAGGUCUACAUAAUCCCAUCGAUAUGAUCUAUCACAUGCAGCCAUGGAUGAUAGCAUCUCUAUUGCCAUUGGUAGUUGGUAUUGAAGGUGGAAAGCUUUAUGGAGUGGUAGAGAAUUUGAAAAACGUUUCAGAGGACAUCAUUGUAUGGACUAUAGCACGCAUCACAUUGGGUGCUCUUAUUGCAUUCCUUAUGGAGGUUAGCGAAUUCAUGGUGCUAUGCAAAACCUCCAGUCUAACACUGUCGAUAGCUGGCAUUUUCAAGGAUAUCUGUCAAUUGGUAUUGGCUGUCACAAUCAAAGGAGAUCAAUUGAGUUCCAUUAACAUUGUUGGUUUGGCUGUUUGUUUGGCCGGCAUUAUAUGCCAUUUGGUACACAAAUAUUCCAAUAUGGCCCAAGCGGAGAAGCAUCAACAAGCAUUGCAUUUAGAUAAUGAUAAUGAUGAUUUAACAGCUGAAUAUAAUUUCCAUAGUGUGGCGAGUGGUGGUGGUUCUGAUGGUGGUGGUGAUGGUGCCAUCGGUGGUGGCGGUGGCAAUUUAAUUGUUGGUGUCCAUAGUGGUGCCAAUUCAUCAUUGACUGUACCAUUGCUAGAGCAAACCGAUUCCGAUGAUGAUGAGUCUGGCAAUGAUAAACAGAAUUCAUCUGAUGUUAUUUUCGAUGUAUUAAAACGACGCGAUAUGCAGCGAUGAGAUUUGAUAUUCUUGCCAACACAAUCAGAUGAAAGUAACAUUCCAUACACUCCCUCCCCCCGACUCCACUCCACCACCACCACCACCUCAACCUACCCCACCUGACUCUACUUGCUCGGAGCAGCUCUUGUAAAUGUUGUAAAUUCUAAUUGAUAAAGAGGAGUUUAUACUUGGAUAGUAGCAGAGAAAAAUCAAUUAAAAACCGAAAAAAAAACAAAUAAAUUAUAAAUGUAUUAAAUGAAAUGAUGUGCGUCCCCCUUACCCGCCUCUUCAAAAACACACUUAGAUCUAUAUCCCAGUAUAAAUAAACCUCUUUUUAGAAUCUUAGCAUAGAUAUACAUA